AUGUCCUGGCCCCUUGACUUUGACACCGACUGCCUGUGUUCUCAUAAAUUGGUCCUUCUAGAACAGAUAGAGAGCCAGAACCUACCGGAGAAAUGGGGCGGAACUAGAGAACUGGGACAGUUGUCAAAUGAACCGCAUGCGGGAGACAUCUGUAUGGGAGGGGAAGUGCCUCUCUACUAUAAAUCAACUACGAAAAGUAUAGACGAUGUGAAAGGUUUGAACUCUAUUUACAAGCAGAGUAUAGUUGCUGGUUCCAUCUUUACUCUCAAAUACCCUGUCAGAGUGCAGAGUAAUCUAAUCUGGAAGUUUCGAAUAGAAGGAGGAGAAAUAGAGUUUGGAAUACAACGAAGAAGAGUCAGAUCUGUAGAAGAAAGUCCAGACUCCAAAAGUUCGUUGAAUUCUGAAGAACCAGAAGUGCCUGCCUUACCUGAAAAUGAAGCUCAGAGUUUUCAAAAGAAGAAACCCUCAACAUCGACAAAUUCUGAAAAAGAUGUGAUUGGUGCCCUAGACCAACCAUCUGUAAACAUGGAUGAAAAAGAAACCAGCACUACCUCGCCAUUGAAGGAACAAGACGAGUCUCAGUCAGCCCCUAGACACAACCCACUCCUAGACUCUAGCAGAUACCAAGAGCCAAGUGAUCUCAAGAAAGCAAUAACAGACCAGCUGACCUCGGAGCUAGUUCUCAUGAAGAAAGAGAGUGACGCCUUGAAACAGAUUAAGGAUAGAACAGAGGAGAAGAUUGAUUUGUUUGAUGAGACUGACGAAGAUGAAAAUAUUCCUCUGGAGAAUAUUUUUCAGAAAGUCAAGGUGUUGAGCAAGGAUUCCCAAGGGGGGUGCUUGACUUGUGAUCCUGGGUAUGUGUACACACUCACAUUUGAUAACAGUGAGUCAAUGUUUCGGUCAAGGAAACUAUUCUACUCCGUUAAUCUAGAAGAUACUCUCAAGAAGAAGGAGGACACUGUAAUAGCUGAAACAGGGGAGCAGAGAAGUAUGGGAAUGGCUGAUCUAAUGAACUUUGUCAAAGAUCUAAUAGAGAUGGAGGAAAAGAAAAAAAAUGGUUUGCUCCAGCCGUCGACUACGAAGAAUACUGCAGUAUAAUUACUGUACAAAGAUACAGGAUAUUUACACUCAAGCAUUAUUUAGCAUUCCGUUUGUUGACAAAAUGCAAAAAUUUCAAAAAAAAUUACGAAAAUUUUUGUUUUUUUACGGGAAAAUGUCCCUUAUUUUGUUUUCGCUUUCUUUCGAAAAAUUCAUUUUCGCGAAAAAGUUUACUAAAUACGAAAGAAAAUUUUCGCUAAAUUUUGAACUUUUUUGCAAAAAUUUAUGUUGAAGAAAAAGAUACAGAUAGAUCAUUUGUAAAUGUUUAUGUCCAACAUUUUUAUACUUCUCCUUAAUUCAUAAGCUUGGAUCAGAUUAAAAUUAUGUUAGCAUUUACUCAGGAUUAAAAAAGUAAUAAAAAUAGUCACAACCAGUGAGUCUCUUCAUUAGGGGAGUUUGUCACUAAAAGAGAAAAAAUAAAGAACUCGGACAUGCAGUGCCACAAUUACAACUUCACACAUACAAGCUGCGAAUAUGGAAACUAACAAUUUGUAUAUCAUUUGCCACUAAAUUGGAUUGGAUUCAUGUUUUCAAUAUUCUCGUUGGGAAUAAUUACCUGGGCCCAUAUCCUUGGUUGCUUGGUUGAUUUUAAAUAACUUUUAGAAACUUAUUAUUUUUCUUUUUUGAUUUUCACAUUGUAUUUUGACUUUCAACGACAAUUCUAAAACGAUAUUUGGAAAAAUGUUUGAUUUUUUUCAAUAUCAUUUUUCAAAGACGUUUAAUUCUUUAAAUAAUAGAUACAGCUGCAUCUAGAUUUUUAAUAUAUUCAGGGCUGGUCAUUUAAUAAUUUCAUGUUGUAUAAAAUUUACGCUGUUUAAUCUUUAGAAGACUGAAAGAUUUCCUUCAAAUGUAGAAAAUCAUCCAAACUUAUGAUUUAUUAACAAGUUUGUGUAAAAUUCAGGAUAAAACAGAAGUUUAAAAUCAAUUAAUCAAUGUAUGUAAUUC